UUCUAUUGAACGAGGGUUCAGUCGAAUUUGGCUUGCCGUUCCGUACGGUUGACGAGUGUUGAAGCCAGCAGAGAAGAUAGUGUUGUUUGGAGCUGUUUACACGGUGCUGAAUCGAGCCACAAUUGUUAAUUAGCGAGCAUCGCAGAUUGUAACUUUCCACGUGCAAGUGCGCAAAUCAGAAGCCAUGUCAGCCGAUCAGGGUAGUAAUCGAGUGUGCCCAAUGGCCAAUGGCCACGGCAAUGGAGCUGCCGUCGAAAGCCGGGAGGAAUUCCUGGCUCACUUCAAGCGACCUGAUCUGCCGUCGAGGUGUACGUGGGCCGUUGGUACCACCGAACCCAGCCCGCACCAUCACAAGCCACUGAUGCCUCGUCCGAAGGUCAUGCAAACCAUCUUGGAAGCUGUCGGUAACACACCCCUGGUCAAGCUGAACAAGAUUCCACAGUCAGAGGGACUGAAGUGUAAUGUGUACGUGAAAUGCGAAUUCCUCAGCGCUGGUGGAUCGGUCAAGGACCGCAUCGGUCUACGCAUGAUCGAGGAAGCCGAACGCAAGGGCAUGCUGAAAGCAGGCUACACCAUCAUCGAGCCCACCUCGGGCAACACCGGUAUCGGGCUGGCACUGGGAGCGGCCGUCAAAGGCUACAAGUGCAUCAUCGUCAUGCCGGAGAAGAUGUCCAACGAGAAGGUCGAUACGCUGAAGGCCCUCGGUGCCAAGGUCAUCCGUACGCCGACCGAGGCGUCGUUCGAUUCACCCGAAGGCCUGAUCGCGGUUGCUCAGCGUCUGGAGCGUGAGAUUCCGAACUCGAUCGUGCUCAACCAAUACACCAAUGAAGGCAAUCCCUUGGCCCAUUACGACGGAACCGGUUCGGAGAUCAUCGAUCAACUGGAGGGAAAGGUCGAUAUGGUCGUCGUCGGAGCCGGUACCGGAGGCACUGUGUGCGGUAUCGGACGCAAGAUCAAGGAAACCCACCCGCACUGCGUUGUGGUGGGAGGCGAUCCCGAAGGAUCGAUCCUGGCCGAACCGGAAGAACUCAACAAGACGGACGUCAACUUCUACGAAGUGGAAGGCGUUGGGUACGACUUCAUCCCUACGGUUCUGGAUCGCAGCGUAGUUGAUCGUUGGGUGAAGUUCAACGACAAGGAAGCUCUACCAAUGGCUAGGCGCUUGAUUGCCGAAGAAGGUCUGCUAUGCGGAGGAAGCAGCGGUGGCAACUUGAUCGUCGCUUUGAAGGCCGCCAAGGAGCUCAAGGAAGGUCAAAACUGUGUCGUCAUUAUGCCGGAUAACAUUCGUAACUACUUGACCAAGUUUGUCUCGGACAGCUGGAUGGAGGCUCGCAACUUCAAGGCUUCUGAAAAUGUGCACAAUCACUCAUGGUGGAACAACAGCAUCUCGACGCUGAACCUCAAGACCCCGAUCACCGUCGGAGUCGACGUGUGCCUGCAGGAAGUCAUGAACAUCAUGAAGACCAACUCGAUCAACCAGCUGCCGGUGAUCGAUCGCGACGGCACGAUCAAGGGUAUGGCCUUCCUGCCCAACAUCAUGAGCAAACUGCUGAACCGUCUGGCCAAACCGAGCGAUCCCGUAGCACGGGCCGUCUUCAAGAAGUUCGUCCGAGUCGAUCGCAACGAUGGCUUGGGACACGUGUCGCGCAUCCUCGAGCAGGAUCCGUUCGUUCUGGUGGUGCAGCAGGAGAAGAAAUUUACCGAUGGUGCCAACUUCGAGCUAAGGGAAACAGUCGUUGGAAUCAUCACCCAACGGGAUCUCCUGGACUACCUGACCACGGCGGAGAACUUGGUUAAUGACGUUGAAAAACUGAAAUUGUAACGAUUCUGCCUAAUCCAGUGACGUGCUACAACUGUUUUGUGGAGUGCAUGCAUUUAACGAAUCUGCCUACUUCAGGCUGUUUUAGUUCAAAUAUUUGACGAUAGGUUUAGGAUUUAACGAUUACAAUAUUUUUUAGGAAAAUAUUUUUUUAAACAUACAAGUAUGUGAGUGAAACUGCAUGACAGACUAAUAUAUCUGCUAGAUAAAUCAACAAAAUAUACAGUAUCGAGUAUCUACUUACAGUUUUGGGAUCUAGUAUCUACCAUGCAGAAACAGAAUCCAGCAUUUUUUUUCUAAAUUAAUUGUGUGAUUAAAAAUAAAUAAAAUGUACAUCGUAUUUUGACAGAUUUUAAACCAAACUAAUGAAAUAAACUGGCCUCAGUCAUGAAGCACAAUGCAA